AUGGAUCCAGGGGGAGUACCCUCUCAGGAUGUGCCUGCGGUCCCUCCCCUACAGGAUGAAAGCUGGAGCCAGGAUUCAUGCCUGCAGGUGGGCAGCGCCUACGUUAUUGUGUACUCCAUUGCGGACAGAGGCAGCUUCGAGAGCGCCUCAGAGCUCCGCAUUCAGCUGCGGCGCACACAUCAGGCAGACCACGUGCCCAUCAUCCUUGUGGGCAACAAGGCAGACCUGGCACGCUGCCGGGAAGUCUCCGUGGAAGAGGGCCGCGCCUGCGCCGUGGUGUUCGACUGCAAGUUCAUCGAAACGUCAGCCACGCUGCAGCACAACGUGGCGGAGCUCUUCGAGGGCGUGGUGCGCCAACUGCGCUUGCGCCGCCGGGACAGCGCGGCCCGGGUGUCCCCGGUGCCCCGACGUAGGGCGAGUCUGGGCCAGCGCGCUCGCCACUUCCUGACACGCCUGACAGCCCGCAGCGCCCGCCGGGCUCUGAAGGCCCGCUCCAAGUCCUGCCACAACCUGGCCGUGCUCUGAGGCCCCCCACCCCACGGGGGGAAGCGGAACACUGGGUGCAUUCUGGGCUCCCCAAGGGGCAAAGGCACGGUUGCCUGGAGUCCACAUCGUGGCCUUGCCUGAUCGCUGCACGGAGAGCCAGAGCAGCUAACCAGAGCUGCGGCUGCAGGGACCCGUCCACCCCGGAAAGUGAUGGACAGACUAUGGGCACAAGCUGGGCACAGAGGGGUUUUUUAUGUGGUGCGUUUCGUUUUGUAAAAAUCUUCCUUGUCCCUUUCUGGCCAACCCUCAGAACCUCCCCCCUACACAAUAAACCAGACCAUGAAGAUG